AUGGACUCUGUAAAAGAGUUUAUGAAUAUUUUUUCAAGAUGUUGGAAAGAGAGACGAGGUGAAGAGUUAGAAAGAUUAUUUAAAGAUGGACCACAAUAUUUUCAGGAUGUGCCGCAGAGUUUCAAAGCUCUUGCUCUCAUCACAGUCUUCGACAAGAAAAACGGUCUAACAGUGUUUUUAACCAAAGAAAUCGAUCGACCGGUGAUAGACAAAAAUCUUCAGCUGUCGUUUCAUGCUGCGUUUCAUUUAAUACAAUUCUUCAUCAAUGAGUAUUCAGAUGUACUUCUACCUCAUGUUAUACUAAUCAAAAAAUUAUGUACUUUUAUAGCAACUUUAAAAACAGCUGCUUAUUUACAUCGUAUUUCUUGUAUGACACUCAUAAUGUUGAUAGAAAAGUUCCACACAAUGGACUUACAACUUGAUGAAACUUUAUGUUAUUGGUUGACUAAAUUUAAUUUGUUUAGUGACAAAGGAGUAAUCGUGCGUUAUUAUCCAGACAUAGAAAUUAUAAAUGAACAAAAAGAUUUAAUCAAAAAUUGUGCCAUGAAAUUACUUGAUAAAAUGUACAAUACAAUGCGAUAUGAAAAACCUCACAUUCUACAAACUAAUAUCGAAUCACUUAUGGACUUACUCUACAAUUUUCCCCCGGAUGAAAAUGAUCCAGAAAUAAUAAAAUUUUAUGAGCGAGUUAAAGAAGUAGUAGAAGGUGCAGGAGAAGCCUCAAAAAGCGGCAUCAUAAGAGCUCUGAUAAAACUGAUGACCCAGCAGAUGUUUACCUUCAAAAAUUUAGUAUUCCGAGAUCACGAGUUUUGGCAAAACAAAUUAAAAUGUUAUCGCGAUGACGAACAGUAUAGUGACCUUGCAACACCAGCUUUACAAGUUUACUAUGAAGUAAUAGCCAAAGUUUUGAGUGAACGAGCUCAUGAGAAUAACCAGAACGUCAAAGCAGUACUUCAUAGCUUGAAAGGUAUGUUCGUGAGUAAUCUGACAGAAGACCUAAUGCUCAAAGACUUACGUUUGAAUAUCAACGGACUGAGUCAGUUUGCCGAGCCGAUUAAAAAAGCAUACAAUGAUAUAGUAGUUGAAGAAAUUUAUUCUUUGGUAGCAAGUCAUGUUAUGCCUCUUUACUUCAGUGAAGAAGAAGCGCAUGAAUAUUUCGAAGACAUUUCAGACUACCAAGAAUCUUUGUCACGGAUUCUUGUAAAUAUAUCAAACAUAUCACACGACCAAAUUAAAGCAAUAUUAAAACUCAGCAUACUUUUAAUUAAAAGAUAUCCUGAGUUAUCUCCUUUAAGUCAACGAAAUGCAAUCGACUCAUUAAAACGAACUUUUUCAAAUAUUAGUAAAUUUAAACUACGCGUUUCUCAGGAGUAUAUAAAAAAUCUAGUCUUUGAAAGUAUUGUAUGGAGUUGUUCUCACAGUCUUCUGAUAGACGCUGAGCACCAACGGGACAUUGAAAAUUUACCAAAGCGCCCACUUUGCUACAAAGAUUACGUACCUCUGUGGAAAGGCUUACUCAACUCAACAAACGACGAAAUAUCGGUACAACAGCAGGUGGUCAAUGAAAUAAUAGAGGCGUGCAUUGAAUUGAUAAAAACUCUUAAUUUGAAGAUAAAAACCCGUGAAGAUAAUACAUUCUCCGACAUCGCCGCUUCUCAGAUCGCAGAAAAUGAAACUGACUUCCGCAUCUUUCACAACAUGGUCGACCUGUACGAUGAAAUAUUUGAAGACAUAAUUCCUUACGACCCGAAGGACAAAUUUACUCGCUUUUUGUACCAAGUAAUUCGUGCUUCCUACCAGUAUCCUCUGAUAGCAGGAUUUUAUCGACUAACCGAUCGUAUUUUGAACGCUAAGUACUUUAUUGAAGACUACAUAGAAGACAAAGAACUUAACAAAAUGGUCGUCCAGUAUUUACAAAAUACGAUAGACUCUAUCGGUAAAUUCCCCCAAGAGCUUCAAGUUUCUUGCAUUCACCUCGUUCUGCAUACUCCAGUAGUUUUUCUGUCCUAUUUGAUAGAUCAGUCCAUACCGAUAUUUAAAAUAGCUUUGACGAUAGGUCUUAGCGACUACGAUUUAGCGAAUAGUGCCUUGACUGCGCUGGAAAACUAUGUCUGCACUAUUAACAGUGAAAAAUUGAAUGAGUUUGUAAGAGAACUGCUACCUAACUUAGAAAUGUACUUGCGAAGUAAAGAGAGUUUUCAAAUAUACAACGAAUCGUUUGAUGCGAAUGAAAAGUCAGUAUUUAACAACGAUGAAGGCUUGGAAAAGCUUCAAAAAAGAAUUCUGCUACUGUUCGGACGCUUUGAACAGUCGACAGUGCUAGAAUUUUUGUAUACUCAGUCUUUAAACACCGGAGCAUCUUGGGAUAAGAAGGAUCUUCUGAAAUAUUCCUUACAUUUUCCCGACUACACAUUAGAUGUCUACUUGGACACAAUGCUGCCUCGUAUAGUGGAAUUGGCAGUAAAUUCCAGCGAUAGACGGAGCAAAGUCGCGGCUAGUGAAGUACUUCAUUCAUUGGUCUCGAUAGUUUUGGGCAAAACCGUACAAUAUUUAUCUGCAGACGCAGAUCGUUUUGCUCCGCUCUACAAAACUCUUUGCCCUGUACUUUUGAGACUUGGCUGUGAUGCAGAUGAUGUGAUACGUCAGAUCUUCAAUCCGUUGGUGCUGCAAUUAACUCACUGGUUAAGUUCAAAAUUAAUGUUGUACUCGCCAUCAGUUUGUUACUUGGUAGACGCUCUUUUUGACGGACUCAGUGACGAAACAAAUUCAACGUUAAGAGAUUUUUCUGGGGUUUGUCUUGCUGAGUUUGCUAAAUGGACGAUAAAACAGUCUACAGAUCAAGAUUUACUGCGCGCUCCGAUAAACAUUAACACUAUUGUAGAAAAUAUUACAAACUUCGCGCUUCAUCCAUCGAAAAAUCGGCGUAUUGCUGCGGCAAUCGCUUUCAAUUAUUUACACAAGACCUUAGCUACUCAUCAAGAAAUAGUAAGUGUUUUUUGGCUUGAAUUAUUGUAUGCUUUUAUGAAAAGUCUCAAUGGUUGUCAUGACACCAGUAUUCAGAUAUCUUUAGAGAAUGUUAAGAAAGUUUUGAUGAACAGAUCACGGAUUUUUAACCAAAUUGAACCACGCAGAAAAGUGCCCGUUGAAUUUGAAGGUGGAACACUUGAGGAUACAGUCAAUUGGUUGCUUUACCAAUGUGAAUCGCUGGACACUAAUGUCAGAAAAAAAUCAAUGGAGCUAUUUGUCGCGCUGUCGUCAAAAGUAGAAGCUCAUAAAUCACCCAAAAAUUUUAUGAUGGCUUUCUUGGAGAACGAUGGAAUACAAGGGCUCAAUACAAUUAUUUUAAAAGACUCGGCUGACGUAAUGUUUGAAAUUAAUUUAAACUCGGAAAAAGCAGAGAAAUUUUUGAAAAUCAUUUUGCGUAUGCUAGAUUGCUACAUUUGGAUUCUUCGGGCAGAUUUGAUCGACGGGGACAAUCUUUUGUUCGAGCCCGUCAACCUGGAACGAAGAAGAAUUUUUAAUUGCAUCAAAUGUUUCAUUGAGUCUGUGUUAAAUCUGCAAGAUGAAGAAAAUAAUUUCAUUCAAUGUCUUGCAAAAAUAAAUGGUUUAGUUUGCGAAGCAAUACUCAUUUUGUUUGAUUUUAUUAUUGUGAUUUUGACGACGGAAUUUUUGGAAAAAAACUGGGCGCUUCAGGAAUUAUUUAACCAAAAUUUGUACUCAUUAAUUUCUAGAUGUGUGAUAGAACCUCACAAAGUUGGAUUCGAUGUAAAGAAUCUAUUGGCUACGGAAUCACUGCCUUUAAAACUCGAGGAACUUUUGAUUACUCUUAAAACAAAACUCCCUGGAGAGUAUUUGAAUUGUAUGGAAAAUGAAUUAAAGAGUACUGUUGAAAAUUUGUGUCCGUUUUUAUUUAAUUUUGAAGAAGAUCAAAAUUAUAAGUUACAAGUAAAUUCAGUAAAAGGAUUAUUGUUACUAAAUAAAUGUAAAAUUUUGCAUAAAUUAAAAGUGACAAACUUGUCUUCUCACACCUCAGAAGCAAUUGAUCAAAUUUUCAAUAGUUUAAAGGUCGGAGAAUCUGAUCAAUGGUACAUUGAAUUGAGCUCCGACAAGAAAAAAUACUUUGAGGUUUUGUUAAAACUGUUACUCAGCUAUCAAUCCAAAGCGGUGAGUAAAAUUAUCGGAAGAUUGAUAGCGGACAGAAAUCUGGAGGGAGCACCACAAUCAAAGAUCACCCAUGGUGAAUAUUUCUUCAACACUUUUAGAGAUGUAUUGAUUCCAUGUCUGUUGAAUGACAUUGAUGAUACGAUGAAAGAACUAACCAAUUUACUGCAAAUAAAUGCAGAUGUUUCUCUUUUCAUUACUGAAGAAAUGGUGGUAUGGGUUCUAAAGCACAAAAAUGAUUACCAAGAUAUUCUAGAACAGCUAUCUGAUGAGUUAAUCGGCAGGUUUGAAGAUUACAAGCGUGUACUGAAUAAUUUAGAAAUGCGAAAAAAAUUAUUUAGAAGUAUUUUCCGUACUGUUGUGCGUUUCAAAAAUAAUCCUUUGGAAAUAUCGUUCGCACGAGGACCAAUGUAUGCUUGGAUUUUGAAGGAGUUGAAUGAAACUAACGACCUUUUGAAAAAAAUCAAUGUGUUGAGUGAUUUUCUAAUUUGUUUAACUGGAGAAAACAGUCAUUCACCCGAAAUAAGAGUUUUGUUGGACGGUUUGAAGCAAGCACGUGAAGCUGAAUGUACUGGUGGGAUCACAGGAAAAACUCUUAUGAAUUCCAAAAUAAAAGAAUGCUUACAGAAAUUGAUAGUUUUACUGCCAAUAACAAAAUCUACGGACGUGUUUUACGCGACGAUUAAUUUCUCAAUAGGUGUUGGAGAUUAUUUAUUCAACGAAGCGACUUUUACGUGCAUAGAUAAUUUCUUCAGUCACGUUGUUCACGACGCCUUGGAACAUAUUGAGGUGGCGUACGACUUAUUCAUGACAAAGACAAUUGUGAGAGAAAGACUAGAUGUACUGAAACAUUUUCUUCUUCCUGGUCUUCGAGCUUGUAAUUCUUUCACAAGAGAACAGUUUUUUAAUAAAUAUAUAAAAGAUAUAUUUGGAACAAUUAUUCGAACUACCACAAACAAUUUAGCAGAUGACAAAAAAUUGAUUGUGUCACAAAUUGGCUGCUACAAUUUCAUCGAAUUGAUGUUCUCUAAUUUAAGUCUGGAAAAAAUAAACAACAAUGAAGGAGUUAUAGCCAAGAGCAUUUUAGGAAAUUCAUCAAAUGAAUUAGUAACUCAGCGAAUUUUUAAGUGUACUUACCAAAUCCGUAGUUUUAAAUCUUCCGUACUAGACUUCCAAGAAAUAGUUAGACUUCUUCACUGUGCAGCGUAUAAUUGCGCUAUAACGAUCGCCAGUGAAACUAAGGACUCGAAGUAUUAUUUGUCAUUGUUCGCUGAGAACCGAAGCAAUGGCCAAUUGAUUUGGGAGAAUAUAGUUGACUGCAAAAAAGUCUACGAAUUAUCGCAGACAUUUAAAGAGUACCCAAAGCAGCGGAAAAAGCUGGUUAAUAUCAGACAGGCGGUAAGAGAGCGGCAGAAUGAUCCGUCAGUUUAUACGUACAUCAAGAGUUACGAUUUAGCAACUUCAACGUUGAAUGAAAAUGUCUAUGCGCAUGACUUCAAUGAAGUUUCUUUGCGAGAGCCAUCUGCCGAAAAGUCAGUCACAGUUACGUUGGAAGUUGAUGACUUCAAUAACCAUGAAUGCAUGGCUCCGAUUUGUGCGAUUUUGGAAAUAAUAAGUGAAACUGGACCGGGAUUUAUUAUUCCAGAUCCUAAUAAUCCGCCAAGAGGACUGACUUUGUUCGCGGGAUCGAUGGGCCAUGUUCACAAAAAUGCAAAAUUGUUUAUGCUUAAAGUAAUUCUCAACAAUCAAAAGAUUUUCCGACCGUACGCUCGACUAUUUUUGGCCCAAAUAAUUGAUAUUAUUAUUCUAUUGCUUGAUGAUGGCCCGUUGAAUUAUAUAAUCACCGAUGGGCUGCUGAUGUUGGUGGAUUGGGCAGAAUUAGCGAUACCUGAUGAGAAAUUACGGCAACCAGCUAAUCAAUUAUUUUCUUUGCUGGUUGAUAAAGUUGAUGAAGGACUACCUAGUGAAUAUAUCAUUAGAUAUAAUUUCCGGAUUAUUGAAGUACUUAUUCAAGUAUGGCACAAGAUUCUUACUCUUCCACAAGGACUUGAACUUAGAAUGAAGUGUACACGUGACAAAGCUAUCAGGGUUAUUCUCAUUCUGUUGGCUAAUAAUAUGGCCACGGAUUUGAUUUGUCGCCCUGAUAUUCUCGAUUAUUUAAUAAACUCAUUAAAAGAGGAGUGGAAUGCCAGAGAAGAAGUUGUUCUUCACACUUGCGAAGCUAUUGGACUCUUUAUAAAGUUUUCUCGUACAGAAGAAAAUGAAGAUUUUGAAGUCGAAAGUGAUAUUACAGAGAAAAUUCAUCCUGUUUUACGGUCGCUGCAGCACAAAAAUUCAGACAGGCUUGUCAAGUGUAUUCAUGUUAUGGUUAAUGCUUACCCUCUGCUAGCAGGUGAAUUUUUUAAUCACAUAAUUGACAACUUUUCCAAAGUCGCGCCACCAAGUAUGGCGAAAUGUUUGGAAGUGUUUUUGCAGAGAAUACCACAUAUGAGCCCAGAAAAUAUAAUUCGUGAUCUAAAUUAUAUAAAAUUCUAUGAAUUACUGUCCAAUAAAGUGAUAUCAUGCGAGAAAGUGUGUCUUGAAAUAGUUGAAAAUCUCGUUGUAAUUAUUGAUCCUGCAAGAUUGGUUUCAAUUGCUGAAACUGUAGAAUCUUACGCUCAACAUGAAUCACCAGCUUAUCGUAAAUUGAUGUACAAUAUUUUUAUAAAUAUAUACAAAAAGUAUUCAGUAGAUAUCACGGAUCUUGCAGACAUUCAGAAGUUAGUUGAUAUGAGUAAAAAAAUUCUUCUACGCGGUUUACUUGAUCCUUUUGAAGAGCUCCAAUCAAAAUUAAUGACUUUCUGGACUGAAGAAGUAGGUUUGCGUGAAAAAUGUACUGAUAGAAUACUUGAUAUACUCGAUAUUUACUCACCAGAAGCUGAAAAAGAUUUCUUGACAAUUUUUGCCAUAAUAUUUUUACACAUGACCAAGAAAUCACCGAGUUACAACCAAGUAAUGUUUGAACCACUUAACCAGUCUUGUAAUUACCGCGAUUACGCCAUUGCCAUUUCGUGGAGAAUGAAAAAUCUUAGCUACAAAAUUCCACUAUUUACAUCUUCGUACGUGAAUCACUACAGCCAGAGACACUCAUUCUCCAGUUUAAAUGUAGAUAAUAUACCGGAAAAUGAUUCAGAUUUGAUGCUGCGAGCGACCAUGAAUACACCUGCAUCUUGGAUGGAUAGGUCUUUAACGAACGAAUCUUUCGUCGCUACACCAUCAACAUCUACUCUGCGUGUAGAUGAUGUUUUUGUUAUUCCAAAAACUCAGUCUCUCAACGUAAUUUCAAGGCGUUUUCCCAAAGAAUUUCCCGACAGCAAAACAACAAAUAUCAACAGAAAAUUAGAACACUAUCAUAAGCGAGAAGAAAUAUUACGCCAGCAAUUGAAUAAACAACGUAACGAUGUUAGAUUGAAUAGAACCUACAGAAUUGGUGACUUUCCCGACAUAUCAAUAACUCCUGAAGCAGUUCUUAUUCCGCUGCAAGAGCUUUUGAAAAAGGAUAAUCUGAUCUGCAAAGACUUGGCUGUUUCUAUGAUUCAUUCCUUGAUAGACCAAGUGCGUAACCAAUCUAGGACAAAAGGAGACAAUAAUUACAAUGAUUUUAUAAAAAAAUUUGAGCUUAAGUUAAAUACUAUUCUAGAAAAUCAUCGAGAAAGCGGUCAUAUAAUUGCUAUGAUAUUGGAAAUGAUGUUCCGAGUAGAAAAUAUUAAAUUUGACUCCAGUACAAUAGCUAGAGUUUCUAAAGCGACAGACUUUAACUGUCUUGGAGCGCUUUUGCUUGAGAGAAAUUUGAUAACUGGCUCCGAUGAACCUCCGACAAAAAAAAUACGUCUUAAUGAGUCCAGUGCUUCAGAAUCAUCGAUAACUGAAAGCGAUUUUACUGAUGAGUGGGUGCAAUUAGCAGAUCUUUAUGAGUCAACAAAUCAAGUUGAUGUUGUGCUGAGUAUUUUCCAAAAUCACGUUAGAAAUCUUCCAGAAUUGAGCCAAGCUUCUGCUGCUAGAGCAAACAAUAAAUGGGAAGAUGCAUUGCAAUCUUAUGAAGGCGCGCUAAAUCAUUAUAACCUUAAUAUCUCUGAAGCGGGUGUAAUUCAGCGACACUGUCAACAAUCAGUCUUCGAAUGUCUUGCGCGGCUCUCCAAUUGGGCGCAAAUCAUCGGAGAAAUUGAAUUAAAAGUUGAAAAUAAUAGCUUGGAAAGUUUUAUAGAAGUUGCUAAAUCUCCUGGCGGAUGGUUUGCACCCUGGUACUUCAAAGCUUUUAUUUACCAGUACUUUACGAUAGAUAGCAGGGACCAAGCUGAGUUCGAGCGUACUCGCAAAUUCAAUGAAGAUCUGGCAGUGUUUUUGAAAAUAGAAGCUAAAGUUAAAUUACUGAAGGAACUAUUUGCAGAAGACAUAGCGGCUGUUUGUGUGACUAGCAAUCAAGAGCGAUCUCAAGAUUUGAUCGACACUGCAUUAGACCAAGUGAGAGAACAGUGGUUCCAACUGAGUCCACUUUCAACGGCUCUCAGAUCACGCCAAGUUACCAAAUUACGCGGGAUAAGCAAUGUUGAUGUUUACUACAAAGCUACAGUAAGUAACCAAAAUAAAAAUUUAUCAAUUUUGAAGAAUUACUGGUCAACUAGUUACCCUCAUCAGCGAGAUGAUUUGCUGCCUUGGGAUAUGCACAUCGCUUGUCGGGAAAAUUUCUCCAAAUCUUUGAAAGAAAAUUUUAUGGAUGAGGAUUCAUCGAUGGAAGGAUUGGGAAAUGAGGUUGAAGGACUUUUGACUAAACUCAAGUUUCAUAUGAUUGAAGCAGCUUUUCAGCAACGAAACAAAUGUUUGAUGCGUAGAUAUUUAUUUUCUAUUGUUAAUUCUUCUGAUAAAUCGACUCCUGAAUUCACAUUGCAACGUGGGAAAUAUAAUAUUUUAUCAGCGCAAUUAGGCUCUGCUGAAGAUAAACUCAAGCAGUAUACUUUGUGCUGGAAUAGAGCACAAAGAAUUGUAAUUGAUGAAGAAACUGACAUCAACACGCGUAUCAACACUCGGCAGUUUAUCAGCGAAAUGGCGACUAAUUUAAUUGAUAUCGGUAGUAGUGAUCAACAACUGUUUCAACAGAUUGUUAAUAAAAUAGAACAGAAUAUUGUGGAAUACAUGGAAGAUUCCAAUGAUGUGAUCAAUGGCUUGAACUUAUGCAGCGUCAGUAAUCUCAAAGCAUGUUGCAUAGAAGCUUCACGCCAUUCUCUGGAAGAUAGCAAAGUUAGAGAUUGUUAUUUAAAAUUGUUGAAAUAUUGUCACGGAAAAAUACUCACUGGUGAAGUUAGCAGUGAUCUAAUCAAGGAGUUUGUGAAUUCUACGCUAAGAGCGAUGUUAUAUAACUCUCAGGAAGCAGCUAAUUACUUUCCUUGUUUGUUGAAUGUUGAUUACCUGCAAGAUGCAGAAACCAAACGAAUUUUCAAAGCACUGACUCAAAAAAUACCACUCUGGCGUUUUCUGAAGUGGCAAGCACAGUUAUUGUACAAUUUGUCGACUCCUUUAGAGGAUGUAGUAGCGCCGAUCAUUAGAAACUUGUUUCAAAAGUACCCCAAUGCGCUUAUUUACAGCCUGCGUUUGGCAAUGGACACUAAUCCUCAUGUUAAAAAUCACCCCGUGAUCCAGGAACAGAUGCAGUUGCUUAGCAACCAAGUUGAGCUGGAAAACUUUAUAGAAGCGAUGGAAUAUUUAGUGAAACCUGAAUUGUACUUACAGUAUUAUCUGAAAAAACUCAAAGGAAAUUCUGUGUUCAAUGCAGAGUCAUUUGAUUUUAUCCUGAAGAAGAUUUAUCCGGAUGUUAAGAGUUUGCAAGGAAAUUUGUACAAAAAAAUCAGUAAAUAUCAUGAAGAAAUUAAGCACUUUAAGACUAUUUCUCAAGAAGAGUUUGUGAAUCAUUUGAAUAAAAUAAUGCGGGAAUUGACGCUUCAGGCGGAGAAAUCUAAGGAUAGUAAUUCUUUGAAGGAUUACAGUCCUUGGUUGAGUAAUUUGAGUGGUACGGACAUUGAAAUUCCAGGGCAAUACUCUGGUGACAGUGAACCCUUUCCAAAGUAUCACGCGAAGAUUAUGAAAAUUGAGCCAAAGGUCCAUGUAAUUAAGUCCAAAAGCAAACCUAUAAAGAUAACGAUUAUUGGCAAUGAUGCGAAGAACUAUAAUUUUUUGGUCAAGUUUGGGGAAGACUUACGGCUUGACGAGAGAGUUGAACAGGCGUUUGGUAUUAUGAAUGAAAUUUUGAGGGCGGACAUUGCUUGCUCACAACGAAAUCUGACGAUAAAUACAUACCAAAUAAUUGCGCUGUCAGGGUCGUUGGGUCUGAUUCAGUGGAUUGACAAUACUAGAAGUCUUAAUGAGUAUAUUAAUUUCGAUAUGAAUGAAGAACAGAAGAAAAGACAUGGUCGUAUUAGGGAAGAAUAUGUCAGUUGGAUGGGAAGAGCAAGUCCUAAUGCUAAUCCAAUUGUUCAGUACAAAGAAGCUUUGAUUAAAUACAAUUCAGAAGCAGUUGUUGGUAAAAUGAAUGAAUUAAUUGCCAGGACAGAGUGGGACUUGUUAAGACGUACUUUUUUCAAACUUAAUCCUUCUUUGGAAAGCUUCAUUACCUCACGAAGGAAUUUUGUUGUUACUUACGCUACAAUGUGUGUUGCGCACUGGAUAUUGGGAAUUGGCGAUCGUCAUCUUGAGAACACUUUGAUUAAAGUCGAGUCCGGAAAAUGCACUGGAAUAGAUUUUGAAUCGGCUUUUGGAGGUGGAAUUGAUCAGGUUUUACCAGAAUGCAUGCCUUUCAGAUUGACGAGUCAGAUUAAGGGACUGAUGAAGCCGUUUGAUGAAAAUGAUGAGUUUAAAACUAUCAUGACUCUUGUUCUGACGGGUUUGAGAAAUUGCAAAGAGCCGCUUCUUGCGUACUUGGGAGUUGUUGCCAGUGAAAAUCUUAAUUGGAGUGAACAUGCUCAGCAGCUAAUGGAAAAAAUUCAACAUGAUUAUCAUACUACAAAUGUCAACUGGCUCCCGAAAAAUAAAUUUAAUUAUAUAUCGAGAAAAUUGAAUGGAGAGAAACCAUCAGAGAUAACUUUGAAAGAAUUAGAGAAUCAGCACUCUGAUGAAAAGUAUUACUCGCGAUAUUCUGCAAUUUUAAAAGGUAAAGAUGAUGAUCAGUCAUCGAUGAGGAUGAGAAUAAGAGACGGCAAUUUAACGCCAGAAGAACAGGUGAAAUGCUUGUUGGAUCAAGCAACAGAUUUAAAUAUCCUUGGUCGAACGUACGCUGGUUGGAGCCCAUGGAUAUAG